AUGCAGAAGAUAUUCAGUAUCGAAACCUACUUGAGUCCGUUGUUGAUGCGUUACAUUAGUAAAUAUGUAAAGCUCAGGGACGAUCAAUUCCAAAUUUCUCUCUGGGGUGGAGAUGCUGUACUCAAUUAUGUUGAGCUUCAGUACGAUAUAUUCGAAGAUUUGAUGCCCCUACCCAUUGGUUUCAAAUCUGGCUACAUUCACGAACUCAGAAUACAAGUUCCUUGGACACGAUUAGGCUCUUCAAGCAUUGUGAUUACACUCAAUACUGUUGAAUGUAUUCUAGCCUUCAAACGACCUGGGGAAUCACGUCGUUCAAAAUCAGAGGCUACCUCAGUGCCUUCUACGGAUGCUCUAAACUCUUUGACCGAUACGCCCCCUCCACCGAGUUAUCUUCAAUCCUACCUCUCUCGUAUUUGGUCCAAUAUUGAGGUGGUGGUCAACAACCUAAUUCUCAAGUUUGAAGAAGAUGAUGCUGUUAUUUCCUUGAACAUCCGCUCACUUGACUGUUUUCCAACACUCCAUAACUGGCGACGAGGGAUAGAAAACCCCUCUACUGGUAAUUACUGCCUGUAUCGUCUUCUAAAACUCACGGAUAUUACCUUAUGUAUUGACCGUUGCGAUUUCAAGGGUAGGGUCAGUGUCUAUCAGGAUGCAGUCAUCUACCGUUACAGUUUCGACAUCCGUCUGCAGACGAUUUUCACUCAAAAUAGCGGUGGCCUAGCAUCUAUUUGUGUGGCUAAUCUCUAUAACCCCAAAUUAAUUGAAAUUAAUCUCUUUCCUGUUCAAAUACCACUUAUUGGUAGAUUACUGGAAAUUCUUCUCGCAUUGUCGAACGAAAUUCUCAAUUGGGAUGCCUUAUCCGAUAGCCAAGUGUUGGGCAAGCAGAAAAGAGAUGCCGAAAAGACGAAUGGUGUUGAUGAGGGCACUGACACAGAACCAACUCAAAGUCAGUCAUGGUCCCAGUGGGCUUGGUCUUUUGUUCCCUCAAUCCCAUCAUUCUCUUCCAAUCCCUCUGAUGAAGAAAUCAUUGAUUACGAUCUGGAUGAAUCGGUUCUAGAAUACCUGGAUGGUCUUAAUGCAUGUAAAGCACGAGCGGAGUAUAUUAAACUUCUCUAUGAGGAUGCCCUUUCUCCAAGUAGUGAAACCGCUAAAUGUAGGCGCGCUCAACUCUUUCGGUUGAGAAAACACCACAAUUUACUUCCUGUUCUUAUAUUAGGAGUUCUUAUGAAGGAGAUUAAAAUUAAUAUAAAAACUGUGCAAAGAUCGAAUCGAUCACCAUCUUUUCCUUCACCAUCUAUAUCGGCAAAGAAUCUGCGGCGUAAUGAGCCAAUGCAAGAUAUGCUUUCACUUACUAUAGAGAACCUUGCAUUUCAAUGCGUCCAAGACGCUGGACAUUUUACAAGUCUUCAAUGUGCAUUUAGAGCCCUACGAAUAACCCCAUCCGGUGAUAUCUGUCCGUGUGGUAGAACAAAUGCGUCGUUGAAAUCAUCUCCUCAUCUAUUGGAAAUUCGAGCAGAAGGGAAUGGAGUUGAUGAAAAAGAAGAUUCGGAAAAACUACUGCGGACAUUCUGUGGACUAUUUGAAAGUAGUGAAUUAAACUCACUAGUUUCCGGCUUCGAACAGGAACUUGAUGCUCGUAAUGACGUUGGCAGCUCUCAACCCACCCUGACUAGCUCGCUUAUUUUGCCUCCAUUUGAUCGAGAGGAUUAUCUUUCAAGAUAUGGAUCUAAUUAUCCGCAGAAUCAACUCCCUCUGUCAAUGUGGUUUGAUGUAGUUUCCUGCAAAGAAUCUGAAAAUGAGGUUAUUGAUGAGACCUAUGAGAACCUAAACACUGAUCCCGCGCAGUAUUCGUUUGGGAGGUUUCUAUUGGAUUCUGUGAAGGUCAACUUUACGCUGCCAAUUUCUCAUCGAAUACAACAUUUCCUUCAAAUUCUGGCUGAUGGAUCGAAACACUAUAAGCCAUGUGCCAAUUGGGCUGCUCUAGAUGUUUUACCGCCACAAAAGCCCGUGGAUAGUUGGGUACUUCAGGAGAGAAUGGUUCGCCUCAAACAAUUCACUCCAAUUAGCAUCAACCGUGCCCAAAUUCUAUCUCUCUGUGUUGAAGUCUUUCCUCCAAAUCAUGAUCGAUCAGCUGACUCUUUAAGCUCCCUUAAGUUUGAGGUUGACAAAAUUGAAGCAUUGGAUUCAACGCCUUUGGAUCGUGUUCAGCUCAUCUUCACAAUGACUCACUUAUAUCCAUCAUCCGGCGUCAUCUCUGAUGUAAAUUCCUCCUUCCGAAAAGAUCUAGUUAGACAUGAUCCUCUUGAAGGCAAAUCGUGGGGCAGACGUGAUCAAAUUUCUGCCUGUUUUGGGAUCUAUGUUCAGAACUCUGAUAUUGAAGAGGUGGAAUCGAGCAAGAGUGGUGUCUUCUUCGGUUUUGAAGAAGGUAAUCCAAUUACCGUACCCUUGCAAAUUGAUCUUCUCGAUGCUUGUUAUACUCGUCAGUUAGUUCGGAUUUCAAACCUGAGAAUAACUCUGGGAAAGCAGACAACGCCAAUUCUGUCACCACUUUCUAUCACUCUAGCCCAACGAAAGCUCCUUUUUGCAGAAUCGUGGCCUAAGCAUCUGAUUAAUGAUAUAGUAACUAGAGAAUGCUCUGUGAAACUACACUCUCAAUUGUGUUUGAACUUGGACACAUUCUCGGGGUCCAGGCUCUCAGCUUAUAUAAUCUUUCUCAGUUCAACUUGUCGGGCUAUUCUGGCCGGGUUAUCAUGCUAUCUUUGCAAUGAGACCUAUUCAGAAAGUGAAGCUUUUUCUGCUCCAUUCAAUGAAAAUGGACUUGAAAAUUUCUUUAAGUCCUCAUUCGAGGAACAGUCUAUUUUCCUCAAUUUGAAUGCCGGAGGAUCAACCUCUUUCUAUUCUCAAUCUGGGAAGAGUAAGAGUGUUACAAAUGUAACUCUAGAGACAUCUAAAUUCACAGGAAAUCUUGUCAACUCAUUAAAUGGGACAAUUUGUCCCAUUUUUGAUAGAUCUCCUCUCGAUCCUAGUCAGUUACUGUCAAUUAAUAUUGAAAGGAAGAUUGUUUCCGGAUUUGGAGAUUCUCAUUUUCCUGCGUCAAUAUCUAUGAAAGCGAAUUCGUUGAAAAUUUUCAUAACCCCAACGCUGAUUGAAUGGUUAAAAAAUGUGACACUGAAGUUGCAGAAAUCCUGGGAUGCGUUGGAAGAAUUGACUACAGAGGAAUUUCAAACUGAAGUUCAGAGCUGUGUAUCAGUUCAAAAGCUGGAUCUUCAGAAAAGAAAUUCAUUUAGCGCCAAGUCGAUCAAACAGUCGGUUCCAAGUCAGAAUAGAUCCAGUGCAUCUACUUGUGUCUUGGUUACCAAAUCUGAUAUAGUUGUCAAACACAGCAGUUCAUCGUUUUCUGAAUGGAUUAUUGCCAAUUACAAAUGCUUCUCGAGUCGUGCCAAAGUCAUUCAGAUCUCACUUCCUCGAAUUGAGGUCACUGGACCGAGUACUCAUGGUUUAGAGCAAUCUCAAGAUCAAGCCAGUCCCCCUUCAGCACCUCCAAUAAAUGAAUUUCCUGGAAUUCGGCUGUACAGUUUUGAAGUGGAGGCUAAACAAAGAGAGGAGGAAAGAAAGCGUAUGCGUCGGAUGUUGAGUAAUCUUGAGCCUGAGACUACGGAAAUUCUGGAUCCUAAUCGACCAAAGUGGGAUUUUACGGUUUCUGGGUUGGAUAUUUCUAUUGGAAUGUCACCAUCAAUUCUUUUUCAAAUGGGUAAAGUUGAAUCUAAUCUCGCCUUCACGAUUACCCUACCUAAACCGGAUGCGGAUCCAAUCUCAAUCGAUUGGGAGUUGAUUAUCAAAUUUAUCUCCGAUGAAAAUACUGAUUCCGAAUUGUCACCCAAUCUAAAAGAUAUUGUACAGGUCUUGAAAAUCAUCUCUGACAUCCAGUCAGAAAUUGAAGGGCUUACCACCAAGAUCCGUGUUACAAAGGAUUUCAUAUCUUCUCGAACGAAGAGGAAAGAAGGAAUUAUUCCAAACUAUUUUGAUAUCUCUUCAUCACCGGAAGUGAUACCUUGUAGAAGUGAAGUUUGUGAAUCUUCUUCUGUGCUUUCUCAUAUAACCACAUCUUCCCUUCAUUCUCUGUCGAGAUCAAGAAGGACAUCUCAUCGAAUUAGUUCUAGUAACAUUCCUGAAAAUGAAAAUUCCCCGAUUCCAGUUCGUGGAAGUGUUAAAUUAACUCUUCCUUCAACUACCGGCCAACUGUGUUUGGACGAUGACAGGAACUCUGCAAUUCAAUGGCUGAUUGAAGGGUUCUCAGUGUCAACUUCAAUAUUGCACUCCACUUCCUUUAUACACUUUCGAACUCAGCUUGAACGAAUUCGUCUCCUCUUACGAACUCGAAAUGGAUGUUAUUCUCUACUGUCGCCUGAAAACUGCCAUCUUAGACCAUUUCAAAGUGUUACUCCCUGCCCAGGAAGUGAUUACUCUGAGGAAUCCAAGGUCGGGCCAGGUCGUCCCAAACCGAAAAUUCCCCAGGAAGUUGAUAGCGACUGUGAACUCGAUCCUACACCACCCCGGCUCUACCAACCAACAUCAGUAUUCAAGGUCUCAUUGAUUCGAUGUUCGGCUGGAUUAGUGCGAAAAGUGUUUUCUGGAAAGAGAUUCACUCGUUGGUUGGAUGGCGAGAGCGAACAGUUUCUACUAGGCGAAAGGUUUAUGGAGAGUAGUGACUCCAGCCCCCCAUUUGUUAAUUGUAUCUACGUCAGACUGAAGCCGAUGGAUUUAAUGUUAUGCCCUCAGCUUGUGGCUCAUGUUAAGGAUGCGUUUGCGGCAUACAACGACCCGAAUAAGGUUACGUCUGAGUACUGUACCAAGAAACCAUUAUCGGUGAUUAAGGCUCCUCCUCUGCCUGGACAUUGCAUGCCACUGAUUUUCGUCGCGAUGGAUGCAAUGCGUAUUUUCUUGCCUUCUCCCGGACUUAUGAAUCCGCAAGCCGCAGAAUCGGAACAAAUCGACACUAUUGCUUUCACUCUUGGUGCCCUGCGUCUUCAUUCCUUCCCAACCAACUCUGUUACAUCUCGACCCGAACCGCCAGGAAUCACCUCAGCUAAACCAAUUAAUCUCAAAACCACCAUCGGUUCACCUCUAGAAGAUCGACAGUUCGUUCUCCAUCUUGAUAAUUUCGCAUGCUGGGCUGUCAAACUUGUCGAUGCACUGAAUUGUCCCGAAAGUUCACAUCGUUUCAAUUAUCAACCAACUCUGACUGGACAAUAUCCUGCUUUUGAAUGGAAUCAAGCUGCCACUCGACUGAGUGACAUGACAGAUGCGGUCUGGGUCCUACCUUUAUUACGACCUCUCAAUGUGACGGCUAUCUAUGCUGCUCCUGUUGGUGAUAACAGCCUUGUCUCUGGUCAGAAACGGCUUUUGUUAGGAUCAGCACUUGAAGUGAAUAUAAGCCAGGAUGUUAUUGCAACUCUAUCUAUUUCAUUCCUGACAAGCUAUCUCUCCAAUUUGUCUGGCGUAUUAAUUCCAAACUCAACGGUGAAGUCAUCUCAAGUAGCACAAACCUCGGAACGACCUUGCCAACACGCAUCUAGAUUGCUUCUUACUUGUGGCUUGAUUAGAUGUGUGACAUGGGAACGAAGAUUCAAUACUGAAAACGACUGGGAUUUCUUGGUGGGAGAUGUUAUUCAGCCUUAUUUGACGUGGUCACCAGAAGGUCUGAAUUCAGGAAUUAAUGAUCUACGAGUUUAUUUGCGAACAUUUUCUGACGAGACCAACUCGAAAUUCCAAGGAAGUGUGCUGUGGAUUCCAACAUUACCGAAAUCGUGGAACGGUGAAAUGUUGGUUAUCCCAAGGUGUUUACCUCUUCCACGCAUUGGAGAAUCGAGUCAUUGUCAUUCAAGUGAUGGAGUUUGUUUCUCCACAUUCGGCAAUGGGGAACUAUUCGUGGUUAAUUUAUCACGUCGUAACUCAAAGGAUGGUAUGUUUGAAGCUUCGGCUCGCGUUCAGCGUAAUAUAUCCUUCGUACUUACUCCAGCAAUGCUCACCUGUAUUACAAUCCUAUCUAAGCCUUUCCAGUCAUCCUGGAUCUCCACAGAGACUAGAGAAGAUGUGGAUCGUCCCACUUUCAGCAUCCCAGCUUAUAUCGUUAAAUCUUUAUACAAAUUGUCUUUCAGUACUCGUUUGGUAUCAAUUGCUUUAAUUGCACCUGAUGUUAUGGCCAAAUUCUCAGUGGAAAGUAUUGAACUCGACGGCUCUUCAAUCAGUCGCAAAGAUUGGCGAAGCUUUGAUUCUAUUCUAAGAGUAUUCAAUAUCUCAGCCUGCCUGGGUCAUUUUCAAUGCAUUCCGUCGGCAACAGAGUUGUGUUUACAAUCUGCCAUAAGUAUAUCCUCUGUUAAUUCCCCCAUCGUAUCUGCUCAGGUGGAGAUUUCUAGAGGCACUAGGCUAAUCUUUCCACUUGGCGAAGAAAUCAAACAACUUACUAGAGCUUUUGACUGCAUUAGCAGAUAUAGUGCUGCAUGUGAUUGUAAAAAGGAGAGUCCUACCCAAGUUCUGCCUCAACGUCAAAUCUUCAUUGACGAAUUUCGACAACAAUCAGCCUACGAUUUCUCCGUUUUCGUUCCCACUGGACCUUCAGGGCUUGGAGAUACGUCUAGAUGGUUGCCAUUGCCUUUUGAGGUUGUCUUCUCCGAUUUCGAUCAAUUUUCACCAGAGGAACUAGCGGAAGAGAGGUGUGUGACAAUGACGUGGACAUUCCCUGAACCGCGGCAGAUAACUAGGCUCAACGUAAAUCCUGUCCCACUGGUUUAUGAAAAUGACUACGGAAAAUCCGAUGGCAUCAUGCUUCCAGCCCGAUUGCAGUACUGGAAUGAACAGAUUGGGGAGUACGGGGGUUUUGUGACCUAUGCUUCUUUUGAACUUCGUGAAGACUCAACAGUGGAUGUUUCUCUUCCUGACAUUUCAGAGCAUCAGCAGACUAUUAGGGAGUCUCAUCGCCAUAGAAUCGUUUAUAGGCCCUCUGGAGAGGAAAAUGAAGAUAUCUGCUGGGGCUCAAAGGCUAAUCUCAACCUUAAAAUGAAUAGUCUUCCGAUUGUUGCCUCAUCUUGGAGGAUAAUAGUCAGCUGCGUGGGUCGAAGUUCUUCCAGGACCAAUUUUGCUGGUCCCAUGCCAAUAUUUUUGUCGCCCUACGCACUAGCUGCUUGCACCCAUAUUGAUUCCAUUUACAUCCCGGAACUUACAACGCCAGUCUCCAUUCAAUUUAAAGUGGAUGAUUUCUGUCUUUCUGCAUGGAAGUUUGGAAAACAGACUUGCCUUGAAACCGGCCGUUUAACUGUAUCAAACCUCCGGGGUCUCUUAGCAACUAGCUUUCAGACAGAUUUGAUACCAUUUUGGAGUUUUUCUCUCGACUUGGCUGCUGUUCACGUUUUUGAUCCACAUGGUGCACAUUUGCAGUUGCUGGGUCAAGUGGAACGAAUUCACGGUGUUAGUGGUGAUAUCAGUGUAUCUGUGGGAUCCUGUUGUCUCUGUUGUAGCAGUACCAUCGUAUACGCCUUGCGAGGUAUGCUAAAUGAGGAUAGUACUGGCUGGACAAUCUACAAUCGAAUAGACGAGCGGAUUUGUGUAGAACAGUAUUUCGCUGGAGGAGAGACGAACGAGCCUUCUGCUGAGGCUUUUAGAAAUGUUACAAGAUUCAUCUUGAAUGCUAGGGAAUGCAAGCCAUCGUGGAGACCGAUCUUGCUGCCUAAAGCAGAUUCAGGGAAUCAGACGAUAUCUCUUAGAUUUAAGAAAUCAACUGAUUGGAGUGCUCCGAUAUCGAUUGCUUGGCCACCAAUUCAUAAUACCCGUACUAUUUCAUACCCGAUUAGGUGGUUGGCCACUGGUGAAGAGAAAGAAAUGCCUGCUACCUUGUUCUUUCUCAUUCCUUCUCGUCCUUCGUCUGGAAUACCGGGAGAAGUUAUUAUACAAUCGAGUUUCAAUAUUGAAAACAACCUUCCAAUUGAUGUAUACUUAACACUUCCAGGUGGGAUCAAUAAGUGUAUUGAGUCGUGUUCGUCUCAGGGUGUCUGUGUUCCGUUGGGUAAAUUCGAUUUUUCUAUAUCUGCAUUCAACACAAACAGUGCACCAAAACUUUCUUGGAAGGAUUUGGAAUCAGUAAAACAGAAAAUGUUACUGUUAUCGAUUGGCGAGGACAUCACUCCUGUUUUACUCAAAGUUGAUAAUCCAAGUGAGGCGAUUCGACUGAUCACACUGACGCCCGCGUUCAGCGUUACCAAUGCAUUCCCUAUGCCCAUAACUUUGGAAGUUGCCGAUAAAUCAAGCAUUCGUUUUAUAAAUCGACCAUCAGGCGACUGCUCAGAGCACAUAGAAAUUCCUCAGAAAUCGUCGAAAUCAGUUAUGGUAUUAUUUCAACCGGGUCACCAGCCAACAUUCAAUUUCCGCUAUCCUGACUGGAAUCAGGUGUUUGACUCCCCGCUCACUGUUCCAUUGGAGACAGCGUCAAGUGAAAUUGAUAUAAUUGUUCAACCUUGGCUUCUUCUUUCAAACCACAGUGGCAUAAACUUAAAAAUCUUUACUGCUGACAAUCUUGAAGAUAUCAACUAUCCCGAUGAUUCUGGACUAAAUUUGAAUGAUGGGGUCUCUUUCGUACCUGGAACUGGAGAAGUAGUUUGGUCUCCGCCAAUUCUUAUUCACAACUCUGUCUUCGUUCCACCACAUGAUGCUACUCAAAAGGAUUCAUCUAUCGAUGGCACAGUGGUAAUUUUGACGGCUAGUGGGACAAAGCGUCAACAGGAUAGACGAAAGAGCAUAGGACAGACCCCAGCUGAUGCUGUUGUGAAUCUCACUCGUGAUCACCCACUUUCCUCCAUUUCAAUUCGUCUUGGCGGUCUUAUUUGCAGUCUUGCUCUGCGUCUUAGCAUUGCUGAACAGUCUCCUAGGGGAUUCGGUAAUGGAGAAAUUGUAACUCUCAGUAUCGAACCCCUACUACAACUUAAAAAUAGAUCAAAUAGGACUCUUCUCUUCAAGCCGAUUGCAGCUCCUAACAUUUCAGCUCAGCAAUGCCUACCUAUUGCAUCGGUGGAUGAGCUUAAUGCUGAAAUUGUCGCACUUCCAUCCUCAGCUGACGAGAAACCUAUUCCACUUCUUCUUUGGAACUUUACACAUCCUGAUGUGGUAUUUAAAGGUGUUGAUUCAAAGGGCAUUUUAUUCGCACACCUUCUAGUUCUUCGUAGUCACUUGGGUGUCUUUUGGAGCCGUUCUCUUCAGCUAACUGAAAUCACAUCAACUGAUGGAAUUCGAGUGUUUGAGCCCACUGGACCAUUGAGACGAUACUAUCAUGUCUCCUUGACAGGAUAUGAUGAAAAUGGAAAUCCAAAUGAGUAUUCACUACUCUUAACCCUAUCAAAUGAAUCUCGCACUGGAAUCUGGAUUCUUUAUCUUGACAAUAUGUCAACAUCACUUUCCGCCACUCUUGGUUGCAGCUUGAUAAAUUCAACUGACUAUUCCAUCGCGGCGUCGAUAAAGUUCCAUGACUUCCACCAACUUUCCGUCUCAAAUGCAUUGCCUUGUGUCUACCCAAGGGGUGGAAAGUUGACUAUAAUUUCUCAAUCUGGACUUGAUCAUCUGGUUGGGAUGCAAACAUCUGAUGCAGCUUCAACCUCAGAUUUCAUUCAUAUAGAGUCAACGGCCCUUAAUCUCCACCUGGAUUCUUAUGAAGUAACUGUCAAGUUGAGUGAUUGCGAUCAGAAACCUCUUUCCCUAAUAUUUGGUGGCACGACAGUCUUCAUUCAGAGAGUUAUCGAUCAGGCUAUUCCAUCAGCAGUGAAAGUUGUUAUUUUCACUGACAAGGAGCCAUCUCUUCACCCCAUUCUACCAAUUGAUUCUCCUCUGUCAAUAUCCAUCUACAUUGACACGGCCUUGAUUUUCGCUCCCAUAUCUGGUUCACUAUUAAAGCAAGGCGAUUCAAGACUGCGAAAUUUCCUUCGAAUAUCCGUUCGUUGUAUUGACGGCGUCUUCUCUAGAGAUGGCUCUGCAUCGGUGUCUGAAUUUAGUGUCAUUUCGUCAAUGAUCCAAGUCGAUAAUCUUGCCCAACUCAUCUCCUCGACAUUCGAUUUCCCAGUACUUCUACGCUCGGUGCUCUCCCAUGCAGCUGAAGGAAAUAGAACUGGAAGUUUCUCCUGUAGUGGUCAGAUUCGGCAGAUUCAACCUUUUGGUGAUCUUUUAUUGGAUAAAUUUGACCUCCGCCUGCCCUCGAUUGAAGCUUAUUUGGAGGAUUCCGUUCUAUAUACACUCAUUGCAUGGAUUGAUGACUUAAAAAGCGCAGGGAGUCAGAAAACUGGAGCGAUGGACAUUAAUGAUCAAUUUCCUACUACACUGUGUCUUCGAGAUCUUCAAAUACACUCGAUUGCUCUUCAGUUAGCUCUUAAGGCUAAGAUAGGAGUACAUAUCUCCUGCAAAACUACCCAAUUUCGAUUGAAUAAAUUUGCUCGUUCAGAGGCUGUGCUACAAGUAUCUGCUCUAAUAGCUCAGAUCAGUACUCAUUACAUCUCCCAGGUUUUGAUUAGAGCAGGGAUUGUACUGGGAAGUCUAGAAUUGAUAGGAAAUCCCGUCAGUUUGGUUGCUUCGUUUGCUGAAGGCCUCUCAGACCUUGUACACUUUGCCGAUAGUGAAAAUUCGGCUUCCAGAGAACGGUUGGGUCCUCUAAUAGGAGUGGCAAGUGGCCUUGUGUCUCUGGUCAAGCACACAACUGGAGGGGUUUGUAACUCAGUAACCGGCAUGGCGUCAAGUGUGGCACGAAAUCUUCACGAGUUAUCCCUAGACACAGAGCAUAUUCAACGGACUACGGAGACUCGUCAGCGACAUCAUCCAACAAGUUUGGGUAAUGGUUUAGUCUUGGGUCUCUCCGAAUUCGGCGUCAGUUUGCUAGGAGGCCUAGCAGGUAUUGUGCAUCAUCCUCUCUUUGCCGUCGUGGAUUCUACUCCUUCGAUGAAGCAGUCACCAAUGUCACCCGAUGCUAAGGAUACUGAUAACUCCUCACUGACUUCAACUUCUAUUGUUUGUACUGCAGAAGCCCUUGCUGGCGGUUUAGGUCGUGGGCUAGUUGGCCUGGUGGCCAAACCCCUUGCUGGAGUUGCUGAUCUAGUAGCGUAUGCUGGAAAUGGCUUCAUGCAUGGAGUGGGAGCUGGGUGGGGAAUUACGUCCCCACCAAGUCAUUUGAGCUGUCCAAUUCUCUCCCCCGAUACUGUGCAACUUUUUGACGCUUCCCUACUUCACGAUUGGUCCUGUGCACUUACGAGACUGUUAGGCCUACCGCAAUUUCCUGAUUACCUCUGGAGUGGACUGGGAGUCAAUACAGACAAAAUGGCUCUAACUUGGCUUUGUUUACCCUAUCCGGGAUCCUUAUUUGCAGUUGAAUUCAAACCUGUGGUUCAGGCAAUUCGAGCGGGAGUGAUUCCAGUGAAUGUCGUCGACACAGAUGUUGAAGAAGAAUUGGAGGAUAUUCUGGUAAAGGAUUCGUCGAAUUCUCUAACGCCCUCUCUGUUCAGUCAGUGUCAUUUGUCAGGUGGAGACAGGAUAACUUUGAAGAGAGUACUUCAACGAUUCCCUAGAGGCGAGGAGUUUGUGGCAGAAAUGAGUGACGGUGCUGUUAUUGCAUCGAGUUCGCAUCUAGACCGUAUGGCUGUAGAAAGUUUAAAGGCCCCAAAGGAUAGGUUUAAUAUGGCUUUUCUAUUUUUCAUUCUUCACGGAAUUGGAUUUCUACUGCCUUGGAACGUAUUUAUUAAUGCAAAAGAUUAUUUCGUUGAUUACAAGCUUAAUACAACGACUAGCGCAAAAGCUGAUUAUCGGGCCCAUUUUCUUGGAUAUAUUGGUAUUGCCUCUCAGUUUCCCAACCUUAUAAUGGCAGCUUUUAAUACAUUCUUCCAAAUGAAAUCAAGUACUUCGAAUCCAACUUUUCGUUUCAUGAUUGUAAUGGGGCUCGAAUUGUUCAUUUUGCUCUUCACAACGAUUAUGGUAUUUGUGGAUACAACAAAUGUGCCGGCGCUCUUCUUCGGUUUGACAAUAGUCUCGGUUAUUCUUAUAAACUGUUGUGUGGGAGUUCAUCAAACACUUACGUUCGGUCUCGCGGCGUUCCUUCCGAUGAAGUAUUCCAAUGCAGUCAUUAUGGGAACGAAUAUUUGCGGAGUAUUCGUUUCGUCGGUAAAUAUGCUCGUAAAAGGUCUUGCUGAAAUUUGGGGAGAGUCGGAAAGGAGUAUAAUCAUCACGAGGACCUGCUACUUCGCUGUUGCCGCGAUUUACGUUGUGGUCUGCGUGCUCACCUACAUCGCCCUCCAGCGUCUGGUAAGUCUCUUGGGGAACAGGAGAUGCAUUUUUGUCUCGCUUGGAAGCAAAGCCGCCAAUUAG